GACUGCUUUCUCUGAGCUAGACCCCCGGGAUUUUGAUUAUCUGAACAAUGUGGGCCUAUAAAUGCAGCGCUAACAGCAGGCUAUGGCACAGUUUGCAGCGAGAACCUUUGCAAAAUGAAGCUGACGUUUCUCUUGCUUUUGUGCUGCUGCCUUUUCAGUUUGGCCUAUGGCACUGAUAUUGUCGCCACCAAGCCGCCAUUUGUGCGCAGUCGUUAUAGUCUACGAUGGCGUAAGACAACCACUGCCAUUCCAGAGACCACAACGGGUCGUGCCGUAGAGCCUGUUACCUCGACGGAACAUCCCAAGGUGGGCACCUCAACGGCCAGUCCCGACUAUGAUUACUAUGGCAAUGGCGAAGCUGAGAACAUGGUGCAUAAAUAGCGUGCGUUAUCCGGUUGACAGUAUAUU